AUGCCUCAGGGCGAUUACAUCCGUCUUUGGCAGAAGCGCUUCGGCCGACGGUUGGAUUACGAAGAGCGCAAGCGCAAGCGCGAAGCCCGUGAGCCAAAGGUGCUUGCCAAGAAAGCGCAAAAUCUCAUAGGAAUUAAGGCAAAGCUCUUUGCAGAGAAUCGUCGAAAGGAGAAGAUCCAGAUGAAGAAACUUAUCAAUCAGCAUGCAGAGCGCAACGCCAAGCGGAAAUCAGAAGAGCCCGUGCGGGAGGGGGCCGUCCCGGCGUAUCUGCUUGACCGAACCCAGGAAAACCGGGCUAAGGUUCUCUCUAACUUGGUCAAGCAGAAAAAGAAGGCACGCGCUGGCAAGUGGGACGUCCCUAUUCCGAAGGUGCAGCCUGUUACAGAAGAGGAAGUUUUCAAGGUGUUACGGUCUGGAAAGCGGCGCAGAAAGCAGUGGAAACGCGUCAUCACGAAGGCUACGUUCGUGGGGCUUGGGUUCACGCGGAAAGCACCCAAGUACGAGCGCUUCAUCCGACCUUCUGCGCUGCGCUACCGACACGCACACGUGGUGCAUCCAGAGUUGAAGUCUACGCACAUGCUCGAGAUCAUUGGGGUUAAGAAGAACCCCAGUUCGCAUCUCUACACGGAUCUUGGCGUGAUGACGAAGGGAACUGUGAUAGAGGUCAAUGUAGCAGAUCUCGGGCUUGUGACGCAGGGCGGCAAGGUCGUUUGGGGAAAGUAUGCGCAGAUAACAAACCACCCGGAGCGUGAUGGUUGCGUGAACGCCGUCCUCCUCGUUUGA